AUGCCAGCGCUUAUCUGCGCUUAUGCUUCGAGACGAAGGGCGCUUGUUCUCAACCGUGACGUUCACCCAUGCCUAACCCUCAACUUCCGAAUGACAUUGAGACUUCCCGGUCCAAAUAUAAAAACCUUACUGCCAGGUUUUUGAAGUGGCUUUCUUGUCGUGCAGAAGAUAUGAAAAUUACGUCGCUGGAUGAACUAGAAGACGAAUCGACUUCUGGAUCCGUUUUGCAGUCCAAGACAAAAAUCAAUCCGUCAAGACGCACCAAUGCUCAUGGAAAAAAGAAAAAGACAACCGCUCAAAGUCCAGUGACGCCGAAAACGACAUUACCCACUGUUUUCACUGUCGGUCUUCUCGUGAGAUUGGCAGAAAAAAUCACUCAAGUCACAAAUUUGAAGGUUCCCGACGCUGUCUUCACCGUUUUGGAUGAUAUUAUAGAGCUACGUUCGGAGGUAGCUUCCUUUUACCAUCGCCAGGGGUCCCAUCCUAGAUUAAUCGAAUCUAAUCAUCGGCAUCGACACUUCAUAGAAUGUCUACGCAAAAUCCGCCGUUAUCUCGAACUCUGUCCCACCAGUAGGCCUGACAAUGCGUUAGUCAAACUGGGAGAGUUUAUGAGUCUCCUGGGAAUCGACGACAAUUCCGCUCCUGUGUCAUCUGUUCAACCUCCUUUGGAUGAAGAUUGGCUUCCUGAUAACCUCAGAAGAAAAGCAUCCACGAAGAAAGAAAAUCCUACAACUCCGAUGCAUGAUCGACCACUCAGCGAGUUCUCUAUCAUCGCCGACGGAGACAAUGGAAAGGACGAGUCUGAAGUACUUGCUUGGAUGUUCUUCCACGAUCUUGCCCGCCUUCGGGAGCACGUCCGUGGUAUCUGGGGACAGUAUUGUCAAAAGGAGAUCACACUCGUCACUGCCUCCUUCCUCACAACACAGUCCAUUGAGAUCGUAAAGGAAAUGGAAGAAGACUUCUUCAGUUCCCAUUCUCAACUCUUUUCUGGAUAUCUAGAUCUCGUCAAAGUGAUGUUCCGCAUGCACCCAAAACUUGACAUUCGGUCCGUAGUCCAGGAGUUGAUCAUGAUGGAUUCAUCGACCGUUGACUUUACCAUGUCGCGAAUUUUCCAUAGCCUGUGGCAAUUCGGUAUGACCUUGAUUGCGGGUAAUGUCCCUUGUCCUAAACCGGGUUUUUUUCCUACUUUCCAUCCCGAGGAUGAUCGUUCUUCUAUGGACGAUGAACAACUGGCCGCUGAGGACCUCGCCAUUCUUAUGCCUCAUCUUUCAGAAGUAGCGAUGCAGUGUAAAUUAUCUUCGACUGAGGUGGGUAAACGGGCCAAGAAGUCGGAUCGCACAACAGUAGAUGAACAAGCGCUCGUUCGGGAUAUGCGCGCUUUUAUCAUCGAUAGUUCCCGGCCGAAACCUUUCCAUCUAAUCUUCCAGUGGGCAGUCUACAAAGAUACAGUACUGGUGACCCGCAAACAGUUGAAACGACCGCUUGAAGAACUGCUUCAGUUUUCUCGUCACAUUAUGUCGAGUUUCAAUUUCUGGAAGCAAGACUACGAUUUCCGAUUCUACAGUGAUAACGAUGUUGACUCUCUGCGUCCCGCUAUCCACGAAUUCAUCCAGCUAGUACAAAGUCAUGUGCUCACCGAUCGUUUGGGCUCGUGGAAAGACCAAAAUCACAUCGCCAAUCUGACUCCAUACCAACUUUGGCAUUACAAUCCUUGGGCAUGCGGCGCCGCUUUGUACUCGCUCCUUCUUCAAAUCCACCAUACUAUGGUUCAAGUCUUGAAUGGUACUGGUUAUCUAGGUUCGGUCGCCCAUUUAUACCAUGCCCUUCGUGUCCACGGCCAAGUUGAACGCGAAUGGCCUCACAUGGACAAGAUCCUGGAGAUAGUUAAGGAAUGUGCAUUUAAUGAUCAUUUUCCUGAGAAGGGAAAAUGUUUAAUGUCAUUCUCCGGUUUCCUGGGUAGUGAUCCAGCCUUGAGCCAAGGACGCAUAACUCCCGGGUACAAAUCCAAUGGGUAUGGGACUGGUGUGCUUCCAAAGGACUUCGGUGGCAGCCUUCCAGGAAGGCUCUCAGAAUUGUACCAUUAUAGGUUGACUGAUAGUCUCGUCGCAGAGUUAUUCCCUCGUCAAGGAGAGCUUACUGUAGCAAGACGCUCCCGGAUAGGCAUUCCUCCCCAGCCUCGGCUCCGUUUCGGAGGCAAACGAUGUGACGCGUUCAGCUUGUUGGACGUUUUGAAGCAGCGAAUUGAAAGUGAUCUUAUCAACACGGCCUUGGGACUGGACCUUUUUGCUGUUCAGAGGAUGUCAAUCUCUAUACUGAGACGGUGGUCAAAUAGGACGAAAGAAGAAUUUAUAGGAUGUUUCGGACCCGGAUAUAUGGAACGUCCAACUCAAAUAGUCUUUUUGCCUGGCUAUAUGUUAAAGGGCAUAGAAUAUUUCGGAAAGUACAGGGAUGGUAAUCGUGGCAUGAGUCGGGAGUUGGUGGAUCGCAUAGUCAAGGAGGCAGUCCGAUCUUUGGAAGAGGGAAGAGAGGACUUGGAAAAGUCACUUGACGGCGGCGCAAAAAUGUUCUUCUUGUCUAAGUGAUACAACCAUCGUUGUACGCUAUGGAGGGGAGACUAGGAA